AGAAAGCCCUGAGCCACCCCCUCCCAAGUGCUCCUCAUGUUUCUAUAGUAAUUUCCAGCCAAUGAUCAGUAGGUGUCCACAUCUCUGCUUCUUCACCUCAGCACCAAUCAGCCACACACAGCGACAGGAGAGACGGACCGAGCAAACACUCGGCAGCUACACAAUACAUCCCGGACCAGGAGGAAACACCUCACCUUCCACUUCCAGCGCCGAGCUACCCUGCCUGCCGUUUUUAUUCCCCUUCAACCCAACUUAUUUUCUUGUAUUACUUUUCUUCAUGUACAAACAAUAAAAGGGCUUUUGUUUCGAAAGCUCUGUGUAUCUUCACACAUCUUGCGUUCUAUUUUCGCGUCGUCGUGCAGUAAUGUGUUGCUCUGUGUUGGCAGACUGGUAGCGUCUGGAUACCCUUUUCGUCAGGAACCUGUAUCAGAGAAGAUAUAUGAUGAAGAUGGCACAUUAUUGUUUGUAACCAGCAUCCGAUUGACAAAGGUGGAAUAAAAUCAUAGACUUUUAUUGUUACAUCACCAAAUAAUUACAGCAAUGUCUAAUAUAAACAAUGCUGUUUGUGUUGAAAAUGGACAAAGCGCUGAGCCUUCUAUAUUACAAAAGGAUAAUAUACAGGGAAGUGGAUUAAACCCGGUUUUGGAUUAUAAUGCAGAAAUGGAAAGGUACAGAUCUUUUGCAAACUUUUACAAAACAAAUGGGGCAUUUCCACAGACUGCGAAGAUUGCUCGUAUAACAACGCCAAUUUUUCCCAGUGCCAGAAUUGGUGUGUCCCCUUGGAACUGCGAUAACGCUAUGCUGUGGGGAAGGAAAUCAGCAGCAAUAAACUCUAAUAGGACCAGCAUGCAUAGAAAUGAUUCCCAGAGGCAAGGGAAGCCUGGCGUGCCGCCAGAGACGUUGCAAAUGGCAAAUAAUAAUUUCCUCACUACCUUAUCCCCUGAACACUGCAGACCUUUAGCAGGAGAAUGCAUGAACAAGCUGAAAUGCGGCGCUGCUGAAGCAGAGAUAAUGAAUCUCCCAGAACGCAUUGGAACUUUUUCCGCUAUUCCGGCUUUAGGGGGCAUCUCAUUACCUCCAGGGGUCAUCGUCAUGACAGCCCUUCACUCCCCCGCAGCCUCAGCAGCCGUUACAGACAGUGCGUUUCAAAUUGCCAAUCUGGCAGACUGCCCACAGAAUAAUUCCACGGGAUCCAGCGGAAACCCUGCAAAGAAGAAAAGGAAAAGGUGUGGGGUCUGUGCACCCUGCAGGAGGCUAAUCAACUGCGGGGUUUGCAGCAGUUGUCGGAAUCGCAAAACUGGCCACCAGAUCUGCAAAUUUAGGAAAUGUGAAGAGUUGAAGAAAAAGCCUGGCACGUCACUGGAGCGAACGCCUGUCACUGGUGGAGAAGCAUUCAGAUGGUUCUUUUAAAUGCUGACUCCCACAUAAUCCGGACAGCUGAAGUGAGCGAGGUAACAAGUAUGACACAGGAAGCACUUGCGGCCUUGAAAUCCAAGUCCAGCUUUGAAGAAAAAAAACACUAUGGUGAUGGUGGUGGUUUUAACUCUGUAAUUUAUUUUCCAGUGUAAUAAUGUACCUUUUGACCGUAUCAUAAUGUAUAUUUUUGAUGUCAAUUAAUGUGUUUCAGUGUUGUGACGGGCUCAAAAGACAAUCAUGACAGAAUGAUAGAGACCAUGAGGAUAAAUAUCUGCAUACAUACAACACAAUACACAUUAGAUUUGAAGCAAUAAUCUUUGGGUUAAUUCAUAUUCUCCUAUUUUUUUGUAAUUUUUUAUUUUUAUUUCAUUUUGCAUACAAUAUAUGUAUGUGGCUGUUACAUUUAAAUUAUUCAAACAGCAGGGUUUAUUUUAUUAAGGUACUUCAUUUUCAAGAAUCCAGAAGUCACACAUAAAAAGGUAACCAAGGAUAUCAAAUUUGUUUAGUUUUCUUUGCCAAGUUGCUGAACAGGGCACAUUGUCUUGAGUAACGAGUUGCACCUCUGCAGAAGUACAUUUUACAAAAUGUGUUUUUUCUUAACACAAGCAACCAAUAAGUAAAAAAAAAUAAUAAUAAAAAAAAAAUGUUGUUUUUUGUUUUCAACUUGCAGUGACAAAGUUUAAAAAAAAUGUAUUAAUUCAAGAGGCAUGUAUAGAGGGGAGAACAGUGUUGAGAAAUGUUUUAAUUAAGUUUUAAUUUAAUUGAUGAAGGUUGAAUGCAUUCAUUUACAAAAUCAGAUGUACUAAAUUUGAGGUGAUGGUGUGGAUCAACCCAGUACUGUAGUUAUAAUUUGGCUUGCUACUUUUCGAUAUUAAUCGGUUCCCAAAAAAUAUGAGUUUGACUGAAAUAAAUGUAUAUAGGAUAAACGUCGGUAAAACCACUUGCUAUUUUUUUAUUUUCGUACCAAAAAUAAUAAUUUAGAAAUCCUCUCUAAGUUUGUGUAGUUCUUAUACUUGCUGUCUGUCCCGUCUCCGUUCUGCUCUGAAUGGCUGGGGGACGCUGACAGUCAUCUCAGUGGUCUGUUAGUACUGAAGUUUCACCCUUUUCUGACAGAUCUUGUUGACUGAAGCAGCACUAGAAUGCUCUUAUUCAUUUAAACGACUGUUAAUCAUCAAGACCUGCAACGACUGUACACUUUCAUUUGCCAGCUACAGUGCCUGUCGUUCAAAGUGCCUACUUUGAAAUUUGCGGGUUAAGGUGUACAUAAGCUUUUGCUUUAGGUAUAUGGCGACAGUUACUAAUUUGAUUGGAAAAUGGGUGCAAGAGGAAAAGACUUAAUAAAUAUUGUGCACAAUACCCUGGCCGAUGGCUGAAGUCUCUGCGGCAGGACGAAGCAGGCCUUUCUGCCUUGCCUUCCAGUGACUCUUACCCCUUCUCCACUGGCACAUCUGACCCGUGAGGGCUCGGUACGGGUACGGGGGUUCUCCACUGGCACCUCUGACCCUUGAGGGAUCAGUACGGGUACGGGUGGUUCUCCACUGGCUAUUUGAGCCGAGCGAGAACCAAUCCGUGAAACUCUGGCCUCACAAGACACCUGAAUCCGGCUCAUUGUGCUUGCAUAGGUUCUUUUUUAAGCUCCCAAACAAACAACUAAAACACAACAACUAUCCUUAAACGGGAUAUCUUUGGCAUAUUUUUAAAACCUUUCUCCCCCUUCAACAGAACUAACUGAACUGUAGUAAGUCGAUAUAAUCAGUAACAUGUGUGGAUUAUAAAGAAAUUCCUAAACAUAUUUACAAAAUAUAGAGAUACAAGAUACAGCUGUACCGCUGGUCUAUUCAUUUUUGAACACCAUUUAUUGGCACAUUUUUUGGCUUAUUUAAUAACAAUAAUUAAUAACAACUGGCUUUCGUUGUGUGUGACGUCAGUAGCACAGCUCAGCUCUACAGUGGAAAAACCACCCAGUCUCUUCUUAACCGCACCGUGAGGGCUCAGUAUGGCCCCGCCGUGGCUCGGGUGUACAGUGGAAAAGAGGCACCUGAGUCCAGCUGUGCUAAAGCAGGAGAGGGGUGGAGCUCAGACUCCGAAUAAUAAGUACAAGUUAGUUCUGUAAACUAUUGUUCUGUAGAUAUUGUUUAUACUCGUAAAUUUAUGCUAUAAAAGUCUGUAUUUUAUGCUUUUAUAUGCUGCGUUUUCUACAGUUUAUUUGAGACCAUCUUUAUCUUUGGGUAUAGCUCCGCUGUGACCAAACAUUAUUUCAGUUAGAAUGUUGGUAACCAUGAUUUUGUUGCAUGUUGAAUAUGAUAAAGUGUUUUUUUUUUUUAAAGCAUAAACGUCGAUUUCACCCAUUCUCUGCUUGAAUUGAAAAAUAAAGAUCGAAAAAAAAAAAAAACC